AUGGAGUCCGGAUCACCGCCGCCUGCUGACAUCGAUUUCUCUUUUGAUGCUGAUGACUCUUUCAUGGAUAUGGACGACACUUCUAAUGUGCCGCUUGCUGGUGCGCAGUCUGGUGUACCACCGCCUACAGCACCUGUUACAGUACUGUCAAAUGAUGUGGACUCUGAUGUUAGAUUAUCAGAGCUCGUGAAAAAGAUAAUCGGCCAUCGCACUUUUGAAUUCGAAGGAGGAUGUACGGACUUAUUCGCCGAACUUCAAGCAACCCUCGCGUCGGGUGAAUUACCAUUCUCGACUCCACUUUCCCGGUCCUCUGAUGAGGAGCACGAACUCUUCGACGACAGUGCUCCCAAUUUCGGUGUUGAACUCCCCGAUGAUAUCUACGAUAAGGCGAGUGCGAACUUCGAUACGGUCUCGAUGAACAGCCCAACAUAUCCGUGGCCCUCGAAAGCCCACUUCCUCACGUCCCUGCUUUUUGGCUCUCCCCGUCUCCCGUUCUCCGAGACCCAGAAGAGAGCUAUACUCAAUUGGGCUGUAGAUCUUGGCGCUCAGAAUGUCCCCUCUUUGGGUUCGAUGAAGAAGUGCCACACAUACCUGGAUAAUCUAGUCGGCAAUCCGACUCAGAAAGUUACAUCUCGCUCUGGUGAUGUAUUUUACAUCAACAACAUCGCAGAAGCGAUUGCAAAGGACUAUUCGAAUCCCUUAACUCGGUUCGCAAUGAAGGAUUACCCCGAAGAUGGUGGCAAGGGCAUGUCACAGGUCUUCAACGGGACGAAGAUGUUGUUAGAUCUUCCGUCACCGCCAGCAAUUCGAGUGAACGGAACGAUUUAUUUUACAGAUGAACUACUACAGGAUAACUCUGGAGACUACUUCAUUCCAGAGCGCUUUUUUUACGCUUCACCUCCCGUGGACUCAGACGACGACGACGACGAACUCCACAAGCAUGCGGACACGAAGCUCUUAUACUCACUUGGUCGGGCAGUCGAACGAACGGAUGCCGGAUUCAUCGUUCAUGAUGAACAAGAGAUCAUUCCUACGUCCGCGUUUAUGCGGUCAUUUGAAGACAUAGCUGCGACACAGGGCGAACUUGAUUGCGGGCUAACAGCCUCAUCAAUGAAAUAUGCAUCACUUUCGGCAAGUCCGAUGCGCAAAAAAGCGAGCGGUCGCAUGGUAUAUACAGUCCCUCUCAUCGUUUUCAUGGACGACGUCUCCGGUAACAUAUCCAAACAGUGGAAUAAACACCACACAAUUUACAUGUCAAACGCAAAUUUACCAUGUGAGAUGUUGGAGAAGGAAUUUUUUGUGCGCUUCGUCACAUCUUCGCCCAACGCCGCUCCGAUGGAACUAAUGCGGGCAAUGAAACAGUCGAUUUCUGAUGCAGCUACAUCCGGCAUCGUCGCAUGGGAUUGCAAAGGCAACGAGGAAGUUUUGCUGAUUCCGUGCGGGCUUUUCCUUGCGGGGGAUAAUCCCAUGCAGGCAGAGGAAUGCAGCCACGCAGGCUUAAACUGCAAUUAUUUCUGUCGGACGUGCGAUGCUGGCGGAACGAAAGAAUUCAAGGCGUCCGAAGAUGGUUACAGUAGCCUGUUCACGUCGGGAAAUCUGCGAACACCAGAAGGCACUGCAGCGAACAUCCGACAGCAGUUUGAGAUGGCUUUGAAGUCUGGUGCAACAGAGAAAAUCAAGAACUCAGUAUCGACAACAGGUAUUCGUUAUUCGGCCUCCAUCUCCAUCAUCAACACCCUCGUGGAACUUGGGAAGAAACUUCGAAAACGAGCAGCUGGUACUCAAGCAAUGUCCGAAGCUGACGUCACAGCUGCACUGGAGAAAGAAUUCGAGGAACUUCUGCGAGGCAACACGAUCGACGACACCAUCAACCCAUUGUUGGGGAUGGAUGGCCUCAAUAUGCACAUGGACACGCCAACAGAAAUUUUGCACACAGUGCUACUUGGGGUUGUCAAAUAUUUUUGGGGACAAACGGUAUUUUUACUCGAAAAAGCAAAGCUCAUGGACAUCUUUCAGACUCGUCUCCAUUCUGUUGAUACUGACGGACUGAAUGCUCCGUGCCUCGGUGCAGACUACAUCUGCCAUUAUAAAGGCAGCCUGAUUGGAAAACAUUUCAAGAGUUUGGCGCAAGUGAUGCCAUUUUUAAUUUAUGACCUCGUACCUUCAACUGUUCUCGAUGCAUGGACUAUCAUUGGAGAGCUUAUCGUGCUCGUAUGGCACACCAACAUAUUGAAUACAGAAGCUUAUCUUGCGAAGUUAUCUCGAACGAUCCAGGACUUCCUUAAUGUCACAGCUCAAUCUUACAUCCGUCGGUUUGGCCCCGCAAUUGUAUUUUCGACAGAAAGAUAUGAGUCAUUCAACCAUGUUUUUCGUUUGUCAUGCAUAUACAGCAACCGUCAGGCACCGAGCCGUGACAGCUGCAGAACCUUCGCUCACCAAGACAUCAUCAAACAUGUUGCCACCGGUGGAUAUUGGUACAACCCUAAGGUAGCAAAAUGGGUUCAGGGUGGUCAAGUGGUCAUCGAGUACCUGCACGAUCACCCAGAGCAAGCCCGACUUCUUGGGUUGUCCAAUUUCGUUCAAGUCCCCCCAGUACCUGGUUCCGGAAAGGCUCGAUCGACUGCUGGCGUGAAUGGAAAAACAACGAGGAAUGAUGCGGUGGCCUGGAAGAACACUCGCUGUGCGAAGACCUUGAAGACCACACAGCCUGGCGUCGUUUAUUAUUGUGGCAAAUCGGUUGUGGCGAGCGAGGGUGACGUCGCUCAUUUAGAUAGCCACGUUAUCUUUCGUCAAGGCGCGAAUGGGCAGAUGGGCAUUGGUCGUAUUCGCGAGAUUCUCAUAUCCUCCGAGGACCACGAAACAGUGAUUCAUGUCGCAUUACAGCUCUUUUCGUUUCUGGAUACAUUACAUGCCUCUGUCCACCUCCCACAACUGAGUCUUAUGGAUGAUGAAGUAGUUGAUAUCAUAUGUAUUGUUAACCUACAGCAUAAUUGUAUCGACUCACAAUGCACGGACACCCUCCAACAACAUGUCUGUCAAGAACGGAUCGAAACAUCUCGGACGAAGCCCAUUAUUCGCCAUAAGUCCACUCCGAACUUUCUUCUCAAUGCCUACUCUCUUCAUAACUACGCAUAUAUCCAUCUCGUGGUUCCCGAAACGCUUCCUGUACAACAUAUGAAGGAGAAGAAAGCCUCAAAGAAAUCUGGCGACACCCCUCAAGAAGCCGAAAGCACCGUGAAUGAUGUUCAGGGUUCGUCGGUACCAGUUCCUGCUUUCGAUAAACCUUCCGUCAAACCGAGGACCACCAAGGCAAAAGCAAGAGCAAGCAGCUCCAGCACACGGGGCAGCUCCAGCACACGGGGCAAGAAGGCUGCGUCAUCUCGCACUCGUCAACUUGAAGCGCAAAAUCCAGCGGUUCAAUCUCAGGCUAAUGCUGCUGCUUUCAGUCAGCAUGGCCAAGGCCACUUUGCGCCGCCAAUAGGCUCAGGUUUUUACCCUCCUCCGUCUCAAUCCUUCCACCCCUCUCUGACUCCUUCACACCAUCCACCACAACAACAUGUUCCUCCGCCACAACCAUACCUUCCUCCGCAGCAACCAUACCUCCCUCUACCACAACCAUACCUUCCUCCGCCACAACCAUACCGUCCUUCGUCGCUACCGCACCUUUCACAACCAUACAUUCCUCCGUCACAACUGUACCUUCCUCCGCCACAGCCAUACCCUCGUCCACUACCACUCGACGCCGCCGAGAAGAAGAAGGUGACCAAGCUCGUUGGUGAGCUCCGCGAGCUUGCUGCCAAGGGUCAGGCCGGCAGUGACGAUGUUACCGCUGAGCAAAUACAGGAGAAGAUCAACGAGACUCAACAAGCCUUGCUCAGCCUCUUCCAGAAGGUGUAUGAGAAGCGGAAUGCUGAGAACGCUUCCUCCGAAAGCAGCUCGAAGACCAAGGAGGAGAAGAAGGAUUGA